UUCAGUGUCGUUCCGACUAGCGGAGACGACGACGGGAGCGACGAGCGAGCUGGCUCUACACAGUGUUGUAAUAUAAAAAAGAUUGAUAAGAUAAAUUUGUAGCAUAUCGAGUGCAUUGGCUUCUCAAAAGUUGUAGAACCGGCGGCGUACCAGCGCGCAGUGUGAACGCAGUCGGGGCCGAGCGAUGGCGGACACCAAACAGCCUGAACUCGAGAAGUUCACCAAACAGGAGGAAACUAGUGACAACCAUGGAGCCAGCAACACAGCGUUUCGUAGACAGGCGUUCAUCGCUCUCGGCACGUUCAUGCUGACCCUGGGCGCCGGGGCCACCUCGGGCUUCUCCGCCGUGCUCAUCCCGCAGCUGCAGCAUGCCAAGUUCCAGGGACACAAGUUCAACACUGAACUCAUCUCCUGGGUCGCGGCCAUGUCUUCGCUUCCAUUGUUCUGCGGUAACAUAAUAUCAGGAUACUUGAUGGAAAGAUUCGGAAGGAGACGGUCGCAGAUCAUCCUGGCGGUGCCGUUCGUCGCCGGCUGGGUCACCAUCGGGUUCGCUACCAACAUUUACCUCAUUUUGUUCGGGAGAUUCCUCACGGGACUGUGUCAAGGAUUACUCGGUCCUUUAGGACCUGUGUUUAUCGGAGAAAUCAGCACGCCGAUCUACAGGGGAUUGUUCUUAGCCGCAUUAUCUCUAGCGAUAGCAACUGGAGUGCUAUUGUCUCAUGUGUACGGAACUUUUCUGCACUGGAGUCCCGCUUCAUUACUAUGUGGUAUUUUUCCGUUGAUCGGAGGCAUUAUCAUAUUCUACGCCCCGGAAUCGCCGAGCUGGCUCGCGUCCAAGGGACGAAUUGACGAAUGCAUCAAAUCAUUCCAAUGGUACAGAGGUACCGCCCCAGAAACGAAGAUGGAACUCGACAAAAUGUUAUCAGACCAAGCGCAAAAACAGAAAGUGAAGAAUAAUCUGAAAACCUUACGAACGAAUCUGAAGAAACCUGAAUUCUGGAAGCCAAUGACUAUUAUGGUGGUUUUCUUUAUUGUGACGCAGCUGUCGGGUGUUAACGUGAUUUGCGCUUAUACUCCUAUAAUGAUGAAGGAGCUGCUGGGGGGCCACAACAGUCGCCACGACUACACCGCCAUGCUGGGCAUCGACGUGUUGCGCUGCGUGUCUCUCGGCACCGCCUGUGUGCUGCUCAGAAGACUCGGCAGACGACCAAUGGCCAUCUUCAGCGGUGUUCUCACCUCAAUAUCCCUAAUUGCAUUAGCCAUGUACUUAUAUCUAAUAGAGACUGAUGUCAUCAACCAUAUUUCACCAUUCAUAUCACUCGGCCUCAUGGGCAUCUACAUGAUAGUGUCCAAUUUGGGAAUAGUCCCUCUCCCCUGGAACAUGGUGGGAGAACUAUUCGCGACGGCGACUAAAGGAUUCGGUUCCGGUAUAAGUGUCAUGAUGACGUCCAUAGCUUUCUUCGGAACCGUGAAAACAGCGCCUCAUUUAUUCGAGAGCAUUGGGUUCCACGGCACAUACUUCUUCUACGGAAUAUCUACUUUGUUAGGAACAGUUUUCUUGAUAUUCUUCUUACCGGAAACUAGAGGCAAGACACUAUUGCAAGUUGAAGAGUACUUCCGAUACGGAAAGAAGGGGAAAACAAAGGAGAGUGAAUUGAAGCCUUUAGCUAAUGUUUGAUUUUAUAAAUGGUCUCAUAAGAAGGAAUUAUUACUAAUCACAUCGAUGUAGGUACCGAUUCUAGUGAGAAGUUAAGCGCUGGUCCUAAAUGUGUUCUAUCUUACAUAAUGUCUAAAUGUUGACGCUAACUUUGCCAAGUGUUCAACUAUAGGCAUAACUAAUUAUUUAUUAUCUAUUACUAAACUAAAUGAUUAUAAUGUAUAACCAUUAACAAAGGCAAUCUAGUGAAACAAUCGAGAAUUGAUUACCUAUUGUAAAUUGUAAUGAGGGCAUAGAAGGGAAUUACUGAUAACGAUAUGUGUCACUGAAGACAUUACGACGAGUAUUUCUCACGCUAUUCCAAGGAUGCUAGUGAUAUUAUCUGUAAGAUAACUAUUGCAUUAGAUAUGUUUAUAUUUACUGAUUAUACAGUAGAUUAAAAUGCCAUAAAUUAGGUACAUAAGUAACUUAGCUUUAUACGACUUUAACUGUGACCUCGAUAAAGAGAUUAUAGUUUACGAAAUAAAUUUAUAAUUUUUGAA